CUUUAUACGGAAAAAUUUUCAUUGUUGUAUCAUCACAAUGUAAUUUUUUUUCUUAAAGCCUUAUUACCUUAUAUAUUUUUAAGUUUGAGUAGAUCAAAAGCACUGUGUUUAAACUAUUGGCUUCUAUUAAAUGCAAAUUAUGCAUUCAAAUUAAAAACUGAAUUAAGUUUGAGGCCAAUCAUAUAUCAAGUACAGACACGUUUUAAUGGAUUAUUUUCUAUAUAAUGUUAAAUCUUGAAUAAAACUUUCCUUGUGCAACGAAAUUUUCCUUAUUUCUCCUUCCCUUUCGAAAUGAGUGACCGAUCGUUGCCCCAACGUUUCAGUUUACCUUUACCAAAACCUAUUAACGGUUCCUUUUCGUCUUUCAAAUAUAAUGAAUCUCCAAUAAAUAACUGUAUUCCUAACCCUCAACUUUCUCAAGCAUCAUCAUUAGAUAUCAUUUUUUGUCGUAAAACAACAAACUCUAAAUUGCAACCUAUCGGAAAACCAAUGCCGAAUCGACGCGGUGGAAAACCAUUGGCGACUAUACCUUUGGAUAAAAAGCACGUUCAGAACCUAACCAACCAAAGAACAUUUCGUCAAAGUAAGAAAAACUAUAUAAGAAGUUUAGAGUUAAGAACUUCAAAUCUUGAAGUGCUUUAUACUUCGGCAAAGAACGAAAUCAAAACUUUAAAUGAUAGGAUAGCAAUGUUAGAGAAAAGGCUUGCUUCUUCUAGAUUAAUAAGAAGUGAAGCUAUAAAAAAUGUUGAUAAUAGAGAUCCAAACACACAUUAUGGUGGGAUUGUUAAUUUAGCAAUGUAUCAAACCAUAAUUGAUAAUCACACAAUUUAUGAUGAAAACAAAGACGGACCUUGUGACGUUAUUAUGAACGAUCAAAUGCGUGUCCCAAUUACUACUUCGGAUGAACGAAUAUGGAUAGCGUCUACAAGUCCAACCACAACUUCCCCAUUAUAUCCAACAUUUGUCGCAAGCAAUCCGUCUCAAAAUAUACGCAAAAAUGGACCUACUUUCCCACCAUCUCAAGCCAUUGAGCCACAAUGGAUUCAACCUUAUUUUUCCCAAACGUCAACUGUUAUAACAUCAAAUCAUCAUCCUUUAAAUUUAAAAUGGAUUUUAAGUGAUGCUCCGAAUGAGGAAUAAAGUCUCGGUGUA